AUGCCUGUGAAGCGCGUAUAUACUCCAGAGUUGCUCCUUAAGAUGCGGAGAGAAAUGGAAGCUGGCGAGGAACUUCGUGAAUUUGAGAUGGAACGGCUUGUGGUCACUAAGGCAGAUUUUGCAGAAGCGCUGAGCAACGUGUCUAAGUCAGUGGGGCACGAUCAACUCCGUCGGUUUGAGAAAUGGGAAGCCGAGUUUGGGUCGAAAUAA